ACACACCAUAUUUAUUUCAAAGUUAAUUUUCUCUCUCUUCACCAAAGAAAUCUAGAAAACUCUCUCAUUCUCAAACAAACCCUAGCCGACGCCUCCUCCUCCUCCUCCUCCCUCCUUCAGUGUGUCUCCGGCGGUCGUUACAUUGCUCCACCAUCUUCAUCCUCUCCUUUUCAUAUGUAAUUAUACUCUAUCAAAUUUAUUUCAACUCAAAGAUGAUUUUAAAUUUCCCUACGACCAUCUUUUCGGCUAGAUCUUGACAUCCACGCACAAGCUUUUGAAAAUCCAUCACCAUAAAAAGAGUCCCCUCCAUCUUCUCUACAAAACCCAUUUAAAGAAAAUCAGGAACGGACAACCUUCGCCGGUGACCACCACGCCGGAGCUUGCAACCACCGUGCCGGGAAAGAGCUUACGUGUUUUCCAGAUCUGGGUCAGAAUUUUUACACAAACACUUAAACCUGGGCUGUUGUCUUCAUCAAGAUUUUACAAACUAUUUGGAAUGGUGGGAGGCGGUUUAAUCAAGCUGAAGACAUGGCAGAAGACAGCUGUGGCAUUAGGUUCUGCAGUUGGAGCACUUUUGGAUCCACGAAGAGCUGAUUUGAUAGCAGCUCUUGGUGAAACAACCGGAAAGCCUGCCUUUCAAAGGGUUCUUCAAAGGAUGAAAUCUUCCCCUGAAGGAAGGGCAGUACUUUUGGAGCGCCCUCGUGUUGUAUCUGCGAAUGUAGGACAUGCUUGGGACCUGCCAGCUAAUACAUUUGGUGCUGCCUAUGCUAGAUUUAUGGGAUCCAGGAAUUUUUCACCAGAUGAUCGACCUCCUGUGCGCUUCAUGGAUACAGAUGAGUUGGCCUAUGUUGCCAUGCGAGCUCGUGAAGUCCAUGACUUCUGGCAUACCCUUUUUGACCUUCCUACUAACUUGAUUGGGGAGUCAGCGCUAAAGGUAAUUGAGUUUGAGCAGAUGCAUCUUCCUAUGUGUGUCAUGUCUGUUUUAGGAGGCACAGCAAGAUUCAGUGAAAAACAAAGAAAAUUGUUUUAUCAGCACUACUUCCCCUGGGCUGUUCGUGCUGGCACACAGUGCAAUGAUCUCAUGUGUGUAUAUUAUGAGCAGCAUUUUCAUCAAGAUUUGGAAGAUGUUCGCAGAAAAUUGGGAAUUAUUCCUGUUCCAGCUAUUCCUUGACUCAAUGCUUUCCGAGUUUAUGAGUUUAUGUUUAUUUUUCUGGUUAUUAUAGCUGAUGGUAGAAUAGUGCAAUCAUAUUUUGUUUUUUAAUAAUAUCCAGUGCAAAAUCUAUCUCCAAUAUUUUAGUUAGUGAGUUUUAUAUAGGUUGGAUUUUAUCAGUGACUUGUAUAUCAUGAUCAAUUUAAAUAGACUUACGAACACAGGUUGUGUUCAGUUUUAUAAUCCACAUUUCCUAUAGUGAUUCUUCAACCAA